AUGGAUGUGUUGGUGGGGCUGGUGGCACCAUGGCCCAAAAAAGGGGAGCUGACGCUACAGCAGCGCAUGUAUGUGCUGGUGGGGGUGGCACGGGGGUUGGAGUACCUCCACCAGUUUGACAUCGUGCAUCGAGACAUCAAGCCCGACAACGUCUUGCUCGAUGCUAAGAUGCAGCUCGCCGUCCGCCGUUCGCCGCGCGAGGUUAGCCGCAGCUUCCCGCUCGCCACUCGCGUGCCCUCCCUCUCGCGUUCGCCUCCCCGCGCGCUCUCCUCUCGCUUUCCCCGCGCGGCCUCCUCACGCCUCCCCGCGCGCUCGACUCUCGCUUUCCCCGCGCUGCCUCCUCUCACCUCCACGCGCGGCCUCCUCUCGCCUCCACGCGCGGCCUCCUCUCGCCUUGCCGCGCGGCCUCCUCUCGCCUUGCCGCGCGUUCUCCUCUCGCCUCCCCGCGCGUUCUCCUCUCGCCUCCCCGCGCCUCCUCCUCUCACCUCCCCGCGCCUCCUCCUCUUGCCUCCCCGCGCUCUCCCAACGCCUUCCCACGCGCGCGAAUCUCGCCUCCCCGCGCUCUCCUCUCGCCUCCCCGCGCUCUCCUCUCUCCUCCCCGCGCUCUCCUCUCGCCUCCCCGCGCGUGCGACUCUCGCCUCCCCGCGCGGCCUCCUCUCGCCUCCACGCGCGGCCUCCUCUCGCUUUCCCGCGCAUGGAAUGCCUAGCCAGCGUUGUCGGCUUCACCCUGCCUCCCGUCGCUGCCUCUCCGCGUCUCGGCGGCCUCCUUUCGCGAGCUGCAUUCGGAUAAGGCCCUCGGCCCCCUCUCACUCUCUUGCAACGGCUGUGCUUCCGCAUCCCCGCUGCACCCCCCUUGAACGCCCUCACUUCCCCACCUGUACGCCCUCGUUUUCCCUCCCUGCUUGCCCUCGUUUCCCCACCUUGCACGCCCUCAUUUUCUCCCUUGUACGCCUUUUUUUCCCCCUUGCACGAUCGCAUUUCUCCCCCUGCUUGCCCUCAAUGCUCCCCUGCUUGCCCUCAUUUCUCCCCUUCUCCUCUUCCCGCCACCCCCACUCCUCCCGCCAUGCCUUCUCCUCCUCCCGCCACCCCCUCUCCUCCUCCCACCAUGACUUCUCCCACCAUGCCUUCUCCCCCUCCCACCAUGCCUCCUCCCCCUCCCGCCGUGCCUUCUCGUCCUCCCGCGACUCUCGUCCUCCCGCCACUCCUUCUCUUCCUCCUUCAUCUCCCCCCCUGCCUCCCACCAUUUCCCCGCCUGCUUCCCCUAUUUUCCCCCUCUGCUCCUCUUUCCCCAUCUUCUCAACUUUCCCACCUCCGCUCCUUUUCCCCCUCUGCUUCUCUUCUCCCCCUCUUCUCCUCUUUUCCCUCACUGCUCCUCUUUCCCCCCUCUGUUCCUCUUUUUCCCCCCUACUUUACUUUCCCCCUCUGCUCCUCUUUCCCUCUCUGCUCCUCUUUCCCCCCUCUGCUUAUCUUUCCCCCCUCUGCUUAUCUUUCCCCCCUCUGCUUAUCUUUCCCCCCUCGGCUUAUCUUUCCCCCCUCUGCUCAUCCUUUCCCUUACUGCACCUCUUUCCACCCACUGCUCCUCCUUUCUUCCUCUGCUCCUGUUUUUCCCCCCUGCUCUCAGUUUUCCCCCCUGCUCUCAGUUUUCCCCCCUGCUCUCAGUUUUCCCCCCUGCUCUCAGUUUUCCCCCCUGCUCUCAGUUUUCCCCCCUGCUCUCAGUUUUCCCCCCUGCUCUUUUCCCCCCUGCUCUCAGUUUUCCCCUCCUCCUUAUCCGCGCUCCUCCUCCCCUCCUCCUUAUCCGCGCUCCUCCUCCCCUCCUCCUUAUCCGCGCUCCUCCUCCCCUCCUCCUUAUCCGCGCUCCUCCUCCCCUCCUCCUUAUCCGCGCUCCUCCUCCCCUCCUCCUUAUCCGCGCUACUCCGCCCCUCCUCCUUAUCCGCGCUCCUCCUCCCCUCCUCCUUAUCCACGCUCCUCCUCCCCUCCUCCUUAUCCGCGCUCUUCCUCCCCUCCUCCUUAUCCGCGCUCCUCCUCCCCUCCUCCUUAUCCGCGCUCCUCCACAUCCCUGCCUUCCCUCCUCACAUCCCUGCCUUCCCUCCUCACAUCCCUGCCUUCCCUCCUCACAUCCCUGCCUUCCCUCCUCACAUCCCUGCCUUCCCUCCUCACAUCCCUGCCUUCCCUCCUCACAUCCCUGCCUUCCCUCCUCACAUCCCUGCCUUCCCUCCUCACAUCCCUGCCUUCCCUCCCAUAGGUUCGGGGCCCCACUAUUUACGGUUGCGACACCACGUGUCAUACAGCCAGUAUGCAUAUGCAAAGCUGCAGGUUUUGCAUGCAAUCCUGCUACACACAGGGCAAAGCCAGGCCCGGGCAAUUUUGGCGACAUGA